AUGACUAAAUCUGUCGUUGUCGAAGGCGAAGCUCCAGAAACUGACGAUGAAUUGCCAGUUAUUGCGCCGAGAACAAAAUUGAAGAAAUCAAAUGUUGUAGAGGGUGAGGCACCCGAAACGGAUGAAGAAUGUGAUGAUUUCACCCCCGCACCGUCAAAAAAUGUGACUGUACCGGAAGUGAUAAAAAUUCCCGAGAAAGCUCGUGUUCAUGUCGAUGAAAAGCUCGUGCAACGCUGGAGAACACUGGCUUCAGAUUCACUGAUGCAUUCUGUACGACGAUUACAACCAACUAUGAAGGCUGUAGACGAUAUGGAGAGGUGUUUGGACAAUACUAUGGCCAGUGUGCAGUCAACAUCAGCACUCGUCCGACACACUGCACGAGUAGUCUAUCGCUUGGAAGACAGUAUAAACGCAAUACUGGAAGCAUCGAGGCUGAUACCCGAAAAUUUUGAGAAUACAGUGGAAGUUAUGAAGAUCUUGUAAACUCAAGGCAUUCUACUCUCAAUAUUGAUUACUGGUCAAUGAGCGUGCUUUCAAUCUGGUUAUUUGUUUUCCUCGAUAUAAAUUAUUCAAC